CUUGGUUGCUUUAUAUUUUUGCCUCUUAAACCUACUUUAUAACACAACAUACUUACCAAAACUAUGUGUCAUCUAUUCCAUAACUUUUUAAAAAUAAAUAGCUAUAAACAUACAACUAGCAUAACAAUUAUCAGUUACCACCUCAGCUAACAUUUAUUCAUAUGACAACCUCAUUUUGAGGAGGGAUCCAGCUUGAAAUAUCAUUGACUGUAAUCUUUAAAUGGGCCCCACACAAGACCAAUAAUGCAUGAGUGACAUGUGUUAAGAUAUAAACUCCUCCAUAAUCAACCUCUCCUAAACUUAUUUUAUUUUCUCUAAACACUUCCCUUUAAUCCCAAAGAAAAAAAAAAUUCAAAACAAAAAAAAAAAGUCUCUUUUUUCUCUCCACCCCUCAACUCUCUCUCUCUUGUGGCAAGGUUUGGAAGAUACAUAACCAUCAUCAAUUCUUCAUCAUAUAUUAUAUGAUUUUUAUAUCAUAUAAUAACGUUGGUUGUUGAAUAAAAGGAGGUACGUUCAAUCUAAUACAAAAACAUUUGCCUAAACUUUUUCCUUCUCAAAAGAAAAAAAAAAACAAAAAAAAAAAACAAAAAAAAAAACUUAAUAAUAUCGGUAAACUUCACAAAACAAAGGUGGGGGGUUUUUGACAAAAACCCUCUUCACUAUGAGUAAGCAAAACAAAAUAAAAAAAAACCGACAUCAUCAAAUCUCAAUCUGGGUUUUUCUCAGUUUAUUCUGAAGUUCAAGUAAAUUAGAAGAAAAACAAAUUAAUAAGAAAAAAAUAUAAAUUUAAUUAAAAAAACGUUCCUUUUUGUGAACCCCAUCUGUUUAUUUUCGUUGUAAAUUUGGGGUUUUUCUUUCUUUCUCAGAUCCUCCACAGAAUCUUGCUGUAGUUCUUAGUAAAGGGUUUUUCUAUUUUUCUUUUAUUUUUUUGGGGUUUUUGUAUUUUCUUCUUGUUUUAAUCAUUUUUUGUUGUCUAUUAUUUUUUGUAAUUUUUUUUUUGAUUUUUUGCCGCAUGCUAGGAAUUUAUCCAUUUUUCUAUUUUUUUUUUUUAUUUUGAUUUUUCUUUUUGAUGUUAUAGGUAAUGGUUUCAAUCUGGAAUUUGUUUGAGUUUGUAGAAAGCGUUCUUGUUUGAGCAGGGGCUUUGAAAUUUAUGUCAAAGUCGUAGUUUUUUCCUUUAAAAAUUGUUUUUCAGUGUUUUUAUUUUAAUUUUAAUUUUGAUUUUUUAUCGGGGUGUUCUUGAUACUAGAGUUGUGGAGGGGGUUUGAGAAAUGGUGGGUAAUGGUGGCUCAAAUGUGGAAGAAGGCAGGAAAAAGGGAUUAGAUACAACAGUUGGAGCAUUAGUUUGGGUUCAAAGGCGAAAUGGGUGCUGGUGGCCGGGUCAGAUUAUGGGUCUGGAUGAGUUGCCGGAGAACGGUUCGGGUUCGGGUUCGCCAAGAUCCGGGACACCCAUCAGGCUAUUGGGUCGAGAUGACUCAAGUGUGGAAUGGUAUGAUCUUGAGACAGCUAAAGGGGUCAAGGCAUUUCGUUGUGGAGAAUAUGACACCUGCAUUGAGAAAGCAAAGGUCUCUGCGCCUAAGUUUUUAAAGAGAUCAUUGAAAUAUCCUCGAAGAGAAAUUGCUAUUUUUUACGCUCUUGAAAUUGAAAAAUCCAGCCUAUUAAAAAUUGAUUCAAACCAUGAUCGUAGUCCAGACAAUGAAGCACCGGUCAAUUGCGAAAAUGGCUCUGCAUCCAGGUCUCAUGCUAACAAAGGAAGUGAAUGUUCUUCUGAAGAAACAAGUUCAGAGGAAACAAUUGCAUGUGAAGAGAAUUCAAAUUCUACGCAGGAGUUGUCUCACUCUGGUAUAUCAUAUGAGACUAAUGGGUCCACCUGCCUGCAGGGGCAGCAACAUAAAAGAAAGAGGAGGAAGACCCCAAAUGAUUCAGAAGAUGAUGGUCAUGAAGGGUUUAAGCGUAUGAAAGGACUCAAUGACCUGGGUGUAGGCUCAGAGCGAAAAAUUCGAGUGUUGGCGUUGUCUAAUCCGGGUCAAUCAAGUAGUGUAUCACUACAUAAUACUCGUUCUGCUAAUUGUACAGCAGUAGGAACUCUAACAAAUGGAGGUGCUGUGCCAACUUUUAAGAAAAAGAGAUCACAAGUGGUACAUAUUCAUGAGUUAUUGAAAAGGAAAAAUCGUCGGCGGCCAUUAACUAAGGUUUUGGAGAAUACAACAAUGGUUCCUGUUCGAAUAAUUUGUGAUGAGUUUGCAAAUCCUUUUGAGAGAUCUGAUGCUAUAUCACCUUUUUAUGAUAGUAAAGAUGGUAUCAAGGAUACUGAUCUGUUGAACGAGCACCUUCCUGAGGUUGAUUCUCCAGACACACUUUUUGAUGCCCCAUUUAUUGAUGAAGAAGUACCCCAAUCUGGUAUCUCUCCAGUCUGGCGACCCUCUUCCCCCUUGAAACCUCGUGUUAGUGCUUUCAAAGGGAUAUGCAGUCGCAAUUUAACUGUUCAAACCUCGUCUUUAGAGCAUGAGGCAGCCGAUGAACAUGGUGCUUCCAAAUGGCAGUCAAAAGGAAAGAGGAAGGCAAGAUUUUUGUGCAAAAACGACGAAAUGAGUUCCCAAAAGAAGUCGGAUGCUUAUGGCAUGGGUCUUGAGGCUCCGGUCCACUUCCCCCCAAGUUCAAAUGGCUUUAUGAAUGGGCUCACAGGUCUGAGGAAACACAUUUCUGUGUCUGGUCCUUCCGAUAGAUCAUUCUCGUAUCGUCAACGCCGAUUCUUUCCGUCCAGCUGGGAGUCACCUGGUGGUUUAUCACUGUUCGAGGUUGAAGUAACAGUGGAAGCUACCAGGCCUCAGACACAACAUGUUCCAUAUAUCUCCCUUAUGAGCAAAUUGAGCUGUAAACCUAUCACAGGUCAUCCAGUUGCAGUUGAAGCCUUGGAAGAUGGGUUUUGUGAUCUUCAGACCUCAAAUUACCCUGCAAGUGGAAGCUGUGAGUUGGACGAUGAAGAUACAGAAAUGGAUUAUGUAGUUGAGGCACAAGUGCGUAAACCUAAGCACAUCAAACUCCGAUCCCAUAGCUCUCGUCGUAAACGCAAGGGUAAAUCUUCCAAGUCCAAGUCAAAAAAGAGGUAUGGCUCUUCAUCAAAGAAGACAAGGAGGCUGUCUUCGCUAACUAGUCCUUUAAAGCUAAACCUAGGGAAAAGGAAGCCGAUGGUUCAGAGUUCCAAGGGUCCAACACUUGCUUGUGUUCCCUUGAAGAUAGUUUUCAGUAGGAUUCAUGAGGCAUUGAAUGGGUCAUCGCGAUCAGCUCACCGUGCUGUGACAUUGAACGGCACAUAACAGUAAACCCCCCAGGUUCGAUUUACAGUAGGCUGGGGUGAAAAGAUUUUACCUUUUUCAUUUUUAGAUUUAUUUCUUCUUUUUUUUUUUCCUUAGAAAUUGUAGGAUCUUUGGGAUAGUCUAAUUUCUGCUUUAGCAGUCCAAAGUGUUACAAAUAUAAUUUCUGAACUUACAGCUCUGUCUUCUCUUUAGUUUUCCAUAUCUUCCUUUUUCAGGAAUCCUUUAUUACUGGCUUAAAACCCUAUGUUUGUCGAAAAAUUGUAAUUAUUCUGAGGGUUUACCUGUAUAUUUGCCAAUCUGGUGUCUUCUAUUA